AUGAGUCUCUGCAACCAUGAGUCCUCUGGGGAGUUCACACUCAACGACCUUGAGUUGCUUCAUCAUUACACAACGUCAGCAUGCCUCACCUUUUCCACGGACCCGAUGGUUCGCAACUUCUGGCGGGUAAAUGUUCCCCAGAUAGGAUUCACCACGCCGUACGUCCUGAAGGGCUUGCUCUCGCUUUCUGCUCUGCAUUUGGCCAAAUUCAGGCCGGAACGCAAAGACUUCUACCUUGCCGCGGCUCUCUCUCAGCACAACGCAGCUGUGAGUUUGGUGUCGCGGCUUAUCCUGGCAAUCACCGCCGAAAAUUGCGUGGAGCACUUCUUAUUCAGCACCAUUACCAACUACUUCGCAUUUGGGAAGCCGAGAGAGCCGGAUACCUUUCUCCUCACCAGACAGGGCGCGUUGCCCGAAUGGUUGACGCUGUUCCGCGGUGUUCGUGCUGUCAUGGAGACCGAGAUCGAUGUCAUACGCCGUUCCCCCGUGCGGCUAUGCUUUCACUCGGACCCUAGUUGCAUCUUCGUUGAAUCCUGGAAUCAAACCUUUUUCUGUGCUACGUCUACCUUCCUGGCAUUUCCUGGCAUACCCAUAUACGCCAGGCAGGAUCUUCAGACAUGGACGCUAAUAAGCAGUGUGUUCAACCGGCCCUCUCAGCUCCCAGCGCUCGCUACGGAAAUCGCACAAACCAGCGGAAUAUGGGCACCUAAUAUCCGGUAUCGAGGUGACACAUUCUACGUGACCACUACGCUUGUCGAUGAUGCCAAGAACAUAUCGGAUACAUCGCGAUGGGACAAUGUCAUAUUCACAACUGGCAACCCCUACGACUCCAGUUCAUGGUCCGAUCCGACUCACUUUAACUUUGAUGGCUACGACCCAGGCCUCUUCUGGGACGACAACGGACAAGCCUAUGUGGUUGGUUCACACCCUUGGCAGAUCCGGCCUGGUAUUGACCUGGCACCUUUGAACCUGGAGACUGGUGAGGUCGGCAAGCAAGAAACUGUGUGA